GAGGAAGAGGAAGAGGAGGAGAAGAAUGACUGAAACAUUUUACGACGGGACGUAUUGACCGGUUGUCGGAGCAACACUACCGCCCCUGUUGAGUUACAUUGUAGGAAGCCUAGCCAUCUAUAUCAAUAGAAUUAUGUAUCAGAGGGCUGUAAUUACUGUUUGUUGCUUUUUUGAAAGGUCUUUAUGCGACGAGUUAUAACAUGGUACGAGGAACUCAUGUUUGAGCAUCGAAUCGAAUGCUCAGAAUUCAUUGUGCAAGGCAUCUUUCAAGAACUCGAAAUCCUUCAUUUUCUAAACGAACGAGCCUUGUUGCCUUUUGGAUGCCUGUAGCGACAGACUCCAAACAGACCUAAUCAGAGGUCUACAUUCCAUGCCUGGGGUUCUGUGUUAAGCUCUAAGCCAGUCAAUGAUGCUAACCCCCACCACCCCUGAAGCAGAGGACAAGGCCUGUUGCUGGGACUCCCCACAGAAGCCUGGGACUCAAUUCUCCCCCUCAUGCCUGUGAUCCCCAUCCCUCGGCGGGUGCGCAGCUUCCAUGGUCCCCACACCACCUGCAUGCACUCGGCCUGUGGGCCUGCACGCACCACCCAGCUUGUGCGCACCAAGUACAACAACUUUGACCUGUAUCUGCGCUCACGCUGCAUGUACGGCUUCCUGCGCUUCCUGCUCUACUUCGGCUGCAGCCUUCUGACCUCCCUCCUCUGGGUGGCGCUGUCCGCUCUAUUCUGCCUGCAGUACGUGAGCGCCCGCGUCUUCCUGCGGCUGCAGUACAAGCUGUCCGUCAUCCUGCUGUUGCUAGGACACCGGCGCCUUGACUUCGGGGUGCUCAACAACCUGUUUAUCUACAGUAUGCAGGUUACAAUGUUCCUGGUGGGAGGCCUGGGCUGGUGCUUCAUGGUGUUUGUGGACAUGUAGCUUCUGGUGACAACAGUGACCAUGGAUCACUGUUAUAUACCAAUUUCAGACCUCUACCUAAUGCACAGCAGCCAUUUUGUACCAAAACACUACCACACAGCAGUAGCUGCAAUGAAGGCGUAAGGAUGACCAGGAAUAGAAGGCGGACAGAAUAUAUAGUGACACUCUUUGGUGCUAUUUGCCUGCAAAAGGCUGAUGCAUACUUACUCUAACACUAAGACUUCUGUAAUAACAAGCCUUACUUUAGUUUGGACCAUGAGGGGUGGGAUGCCUCUCAAGACCCUAGAAGGAAAAAACAUGCUAUCUUCUGUUUGACUGGAGAAAACAAAUGACGCAAAAUGUUUAAUUCUAAACAUAAAGGAUACGUUCGUAUUGGUGUUGGAAUCAAUUCCCUAGGUGACCGACAUUCUUUUUGUAACAUUAUUAUUUUAUACAUCCUCUUGAUUAAAAAAAGCAACUGUA